AAGAGGUGUACAGACGACUAGAACGCCGAAGCGCGCUACUUGGCUAGUUCUCGGUCUCUAAACGGUUUCCUCUUCUUAUAAUCCUCUCCUGGAGAUCUUCAGCAAAUCGCCGAGAUUCCUAUCGUUCUGUUUGGUUGUGACAAAGGCUUUUGUCACUUCCAUUGUCAGCUGCCGUCAGCUGCCGCAGCAGAGUUUCAACUACUCGCCGCACGGAUGGCGCGCACUCGAGUCGGUGGGAAGCGGAAAGGUCCCCAAGAUCCCACCAAAGAGGUUCGCAUCUAAGCUGCCAUCCAUGAUACCUUGACUGGUGUUCAUGGCAGUUUUCGCAGUGGUGCCAUAGCUCACAAUGUAUCCCCACAGACUGCGAGAUCGCGUGGCAGGCAAACACCGUACUCGACGCUCGUUCCUCAAUGAAUCCCAAGAAAAAGUACUAGUGGACUGGUGCCACCAUAACUCGGAUUCAGCAACCCCUCUACAUCCUCGAAAACUCCGUGCUCAUUGCUCAAAUACUGGAGAUGGUGAAAGUUUACCCUGGCAAGAAUUGGGUCCGCCGCUUCCUUCUCGUCAUGCAGAAAUCAUCGUUGCGAAACCCCGAGGCCUGGAUCUGAAACGGCUCACUUGGAAGAUCCUGACACUCGCAAAGCUCUUGCAGAUAACUCUCAUUUUCAGCGCUAUAUGGUUCGAAACGACGCACUGCAAGUACUCCUCUCCCCACGGCAGCCAACAAUAUGUUCUACCCACAGCCACCAUUUUUCCGCAAAUGCAAGGAUCUCUCCCCAUUCCGUAUCCAAACCACCUAUAUCAUGUUGAACCCGCUGCACUCUUAACAACCGCUCCUGGUUAUCACAGCCAUUGCUGUCUGGGCAUCCUAAUAGUCGCAGUUUAUAUUACUCCGGCAACCCGCAAUACACAUUCAAUUAGAUUACUACAUACUAGCCACUGGUACACUCCUAAUGUCUGAUCCACAACGUGUCGGCUGAAUGAUUGGAUCAUGUUUGGUGACGUAUCACAUGAAAGACAAGGUAUUUCGCUGCCGC